UUCAAUAUUGGAGGCCGAUGAUUGGUUUAAUGUGAUCUUCAUCAAUUAUUCUUUUCUUGCCAAAGAAAAGAAAGAAGCUGUGAAUAUAUUCAGGCGUAGAGGCAAACAAAGAUCCAGUGUGCACUUGGUCCCAUACUCUCUCUCCGAGAUAUUUUGGAAAUUGAAUAUGUUGUAUUUUUUUGUCUAUUGCUUAUUUCGUUGCGUGUUGUUUUUACUUCGUUGUGUGUUGUUUUUCUCUAAGAUGUUAUGGAAAUUGAAUAUGGCAUAUUUUUUUGUAUUUUGUUUAUUUUGUUUUGUGUUGUUUUUCUUUGCCUGUUGGUUACUUCAAAAGCUUAGUGAUCGUGUAGUUGAAAAACCCGUGUCUGAGGACAACAAAGCUCCUCAAACAAAGUAUGAUGUUUUUGUUAGUUUCAGGGGCAAGGACGUUCGUGGCACGUUUCUUAGCCAUUUGAUUGAAAUUUUCAAAAGGAACAAAAUAAAUGCCUUUGUGGAUGAUAAACUUAAGCCGGGAGAUGAAAUAUGGUCAUCACUUGUUGAAGCAAUUGAACAAUCAUUCAUUUUGCUGAUCAUAUUCUCCCAAAGCUAUGCUUCUUCCCCUUGGUGUUUAGAAGAACUUGAGGCAAUACUUGAAUGCAAUAAGAAAUAUGGACGGAUUGUAAUUCCAGUUUUCUACCAUGUGGAGCCUGCAGAUGUACGACAUCAAAGAGGGACUUACAAAAAUGCAUUUAAGAAGCAUCAAAAAAGAAACAAGAAUAAGGUGCAAAUCUGGAGACAUGCUUUAAAAGAAUCUGCUAACAUCUCAGGAAUUGAGACAUCAAAGAUUCGAAACGAGGUUGAGUUGCUUCAAGAAAUUGUAAGGCUUGUGCUGGAAAGGUUGGGUAAAUCUCCGAUUAACUCAAAAAUACUUAUUGGAAUUGAUGAAAAAAUUGCAUAUGUAGAAUUAUUGAUACGCAAAGAGCCAGAAGCCACUUGUCUUAUUGGAAUUUGGGGCAUGGCUGGUAAUGGCAAGACAACCCUUGCAGAAGAAGUAUUUAAGAAACUACAAUCUGAAUAUGAUGGUUGUUAUUUUCUACCCAACGAAAGAGAACAAUCAAGUAGACAUGGAAUAGAUUCUUUGAAGAAAGAAAUUUUUUCUGGACUUUUAGAAAAUGUUGUGACAAUAGACAAUCCAAAUGUGUCUCUUGAUAUUGAUAGAAGAAUUGGUCGUAUGAAAGUUCUUAUUGUUCUCGAUGAUGUUAAUGAUCCAGAUCACCUAGAAAAAUUACUGGGAACUCCUGAUAAUUUUGGAUCAGGUAGUAGAAUAAUUAUAACAACCAGAUACGUGCAAGUACUUAACGCUAACAAAGCUAAUGAGAUAUACCAGCUUGGAGAGUUCAGUUUAGAUAAAGCCCUUGAACUUUUCAAUUUGAUUGCCUUUAAGCAAAGUGAUCAUCAAUGGGAGUACAAUGAACUAUCAAAAAAGGUGGUCGAUUAUGCCAAAGGCAAUCCAUUAGUUCUUAAAGUCUUGGCUCAACUUCUUUGUGGAAAAAAUAAGGAAGAAUGGGAAGGUAUGCUAGACACACUUAAAAGAAUGCCUCCUGCAGAUGCUUAUAAAGUAAUGAAACUGAGUUACGAUGAACUAGAUCGCAAAGAGCAACAGAUUUUUCUAGAUUUGGCAUGUUUCUUUCUUAGAACGCAUACAACGGUAAAUGUGAGCAAUCUAAAAUCUUUACUGAAAGGCAAUGAAAGCCAGGAAACAGUGACUUUUAGGUUAGGAAGGUUGAAAGACAAAGCUCUUAUAACUUAUUCCGACGAUAAUGUUAUAGCUAUGCAUGAUAGUUUACAAGAAAUGGCUUUGGAGAUUGUUCGUCGAGAGUCUAGUGAAGACCCUGGAAGCCGCAGUCGGUUGUGGGAUCCAAAUGACAUUUUUGAGGCAUUGAAAAAUGUCAAGAGUACUAAGGCCAUUAGAAGCAUAUUGAUUCACUUGCCAACAUUCAUGAAGCAAGAGUUAGACCCUCACAUAUUUGGAAAGAUGAACAGACUACAAUUUCUGGAAAUUUCUGGGAAAUGUGAAAAAGAUAUCUUUGAUGAACAUAAUAUUCUUGCAAAAUGGCUUCAAUUUUCGGCAAAUGAACUCAGAUUUCUUUGUUGGUAUCGUUACCCUCUAAAAUCCUUGCCAGAGGAUUUUUCUGCUGAAAAACUUGUUAUAUUGAAAUUGCCAAAGGGCGAAAUAAAAUACCUUUGGCAUGGAGUGAAGAAUCUGAUGAAUUUAAAAGAACUUCACCUCACUGACUCCAAGAUGUUAGAGGAGCUGCCAGAUUUAUCGAAUGCCACAAAUCUUGAAGUACUGGUUCUCCAGGGUUGUUCUAUGUUAACUAGGGUGCACCCAUCUAUUUUCUCUCUGGGAAAACUUGAGAAAUUGAACCUUCAAGACUGCACGUCCCUCACCACACUCGCAAGCAAUUCCCAUUUAUGCAGCCUGAGUUAUCUCAACCUUGAUAAAUGUGAGAAACUUAGGAAACUCUCACUGAUAGCAGAGAAUAUUAAAGAACUGAGAUUAAGAUGGACGAAAGUCAAAGCAUUUUCAUUUACAUUUGGACAUGAAAGCAAGCUUCAAUUGCUACUUCUCGAAGGAAGUGUCAUCAAGAAACUACCUUCAUAUAUAAAGGAUCUAAUGCAACUGUCACAUCUAAAUGUUAGCUAUUGCUCGAAUCUCCAGGAAAUACCAAAGCUUCCCCCAUCCCUUAAAAUUCUAGAUGCCAGAUAUUGCUCUUCACUUCAGGCUCUAGAGGAGCUUCCCCCAUCCCUUAAAAUUCUAGAUACCAGAUAUUGCUCUUCACUUCAGACUCUAGAGGAGCUUCCUUCUUCCCUUAAAAUUCUAAAAGUGGGAUACUGCAAAUCACUUCAGACACUACAAAUGCUUCCCCGUUUCCUUAAAUCUCUAACAGCCCAAGACUGCACAUCAUUGAAGACUGUAGUGUUUCCUUCAACUGCUACUGAACAACUAAAGGAGUACAGGAAAGAGGUUCUGUUCUGGAAUUGCUUGAAGUUGAAUCAACAAUCUCUUGAGGCCAUUGCAUUGAAUGCACAGAUCAAUGUGAUGAAAUUUGCAAACCGACGCCUCUCUGUAUCAAAUCACGAUGAUGUUGAAAAUUACAAUGAUUAUGAUAAAAAAUAUCAUUUUUAUCAAGUUGUUUACGUGUAUCCAGGAAGUAGUGUUCUAGAGUGGUUGGAGUAUAAGACAAGAAAUAAUUAUAUAAUUAUUGAUAUGUCUUCAGCUCCACCUUCUCUCCCAGUGGGCUUCAUUUUCUGCUUCGCCCUUGGUAUGUAUGGAGACACAUCCCUGGAAAGAAUUGAAGCUAACAUUACUAUAAGUGAUCGUGAGGGUGAAGGUAAGAAGGACAGUGUUGGAAUGUACAUAGGUCUUCGGAAUGGCACAAUUGAAUCAGAUCACCUAUGUGUGAUGUACGACCAAAGAUGUUCUGCCUUCCUAUAUAGCAGAGCCAAAAAUCAAAAAGAGUUUAAAAUCGAGGUUUCAAUGGUGUUACGAUCCUCAUCCAAAGAAAUUUUGACACUGCCGCAGCAGAUGUUUAAAGGAUUCGGGAUCAGCCUAAUAGACACCUUGGGAUUUAGCAGUUUCAAACAACAAAUGGAAUUGCAUGACUCGCUCCAUGUUUAAAUUUCAUUAAACAAAUGGAAUUAGGUUGUGCUUCGUAUCAUCCCAGUUUCAGGGUGAACAUCUCACUAAAGCAGAUAUUAGGGACUCUAGGGGUUAUUUUGCCAACCACUUCAGAAGAUGGCACCUUGACUCCUCUUCAGCUUACCACUGACUUGAAGCCAACCAUUGUCUUUAUUGCAGAAAUUUGAAUGUUGUUUUUGUUAGUCUCAUGGAGGCAGAGCAUAUAAUGCAAAGUAGAGGGCGAGUAUUUUGUUUGGAAGAUGAACCAGGAGUGUACAGGGUUUGGAUGCCAAAUGGUACGGAAUGUUAUUUCCAACCAGAAGCAAUGAAAAUUGUUGAUUCAGCGUCACAUAAGGAAAAAGCAGCUCAAAGGCUGGUGAAAUGUGCCAUGCAUAAAUGGAAACGUAAGAGAAGAGGCAUUGCUAUUGAUGAUAUAUCAGCUAUUUGCCUCUUCUUUCACUCUCACCCCUCUCAUCAACUCCUCCCCACUAAAAUUGUCCAAUAAGAAUGGUGGGCGAUUCAACUGCUCAAUUAUGCUUCCUUAUGACACAAAAAUACUCGGGCAAUAUUUAUUUGCAUGUACACUUGGGAUUCUCUGUGCUUUAGUCUUGGACUGUAUUUGCAUGUUGUUUGUUGAAACAUUUUGCAGUAUGAAUUUGUUUCCAACGAAACUACAGGCUUUUUCUGAUUUGACCAAGAAUGCAACUGAGUUUAAUAUUCA